CUGUUUCACUCGGCCGUGCAAGCAGCUUAUGAUGUCAAAUAUGAAAUAUACGAUUUAGGAAUUGCAAAGAUAAUCGUCACCGGAGGAAACAGCGAGUCAUGCCGCGAGGCUCUGAGGUUGUCUCGAUUGUAUCCAGAUUAUUUGUUUUUCACAGCAGGUUUGAACUCCGAGAAGAAUAUAAUAUUUCUGUUUAAUUCCUUAAUGCAAGAAAUUCAGGAAUGCAUCCACAUAAUGCCAAAGAAUUUUCGCCUGAUGUACUCGAGGAAAUUGAACAUAUUGCCAAAGAGCCGGAGUGCGUGGCUAUCGGUGAAAUUAGCAUGUCGAAUUAAAAAGCCUUUGUUCGUCCACGAACGCGAUGCUCAUGAGCAACUUAAAGAGGUUCUGGUUAAGUACAAAGCUGAUUUGCCGGAUAUUGUGAUCCACUGUUUCACGGGUACUGCUGACGAGGCGAAGACUUAUCUCGAUCUGGGUUUUUACAUAGGAUUGACGGGCUUCUUGUGGAAAGACCGGACCGAAGAUGGCGUUCAAUACGCUCUAAGGAACGGGCUGUUUCCAAUGGAGCGACUGAUGGUCGAAACUGAUGCUCCAUUCAUGUUUCCUAAUAUCCAAGCAAAAAAGUUACCCGAGGACAUAAAAGAUCGACUUUCUGACCACGCCAGACAGUACCUCUUGAAGUACUGCAGUUUUCAUCGCAACGAACCCUGUUCCUUGCCGGCUGUCACAGAGCUAGUAGCCGCUUUUAUGAAUGUACCCGUUGGCGAGUUAGCCUUUGCCACCACCAGAAAUGCCGUCCAGGUAUUUGGACUGACAACCCGUUUAUAA